CUGAGCUGAGCUGAGGGGCCGGGUCCUAGGGCAGGGCUGGGGAGAAGAACGUCUUCAGUUCCUCAGCUGUAAUUGGCCUGGCCCUCCUCUCCCCACUCUGCAGGGGCCUCAGGUGCACAUUAGCUUCUGGGCUUCCUAAGACAGAAAGUCUAACCUACAGGCUGGCUGAGAACAAUUAGGUUACCAGGCCGAGCUGAGUGUGUUUGAAAGGGCUGGGCUGCUAGGAACGUUGGAAAUGCAAAGCACGGCCAAUUACCUUUGGCACAUGGAUGAUCUCCUGGGCCAGGGAGCUACUGCCAGCGUGUACAGAGCUCGAAACAAGAAAUCUGGGGAGCUUGUCGCUGUGAAAGUCUUCAACAAUGCCAGCUACCUACGCCCUCGAGAAGUGCGCGUGAGGGAGUUUGAGGUCCUGAGGAAGCUGAAACAUCAAAACAUCGUGAAGCUGUUUGCUGUGGAGGAGAUGGGCAGCGAUAAGGAGAAGGUUCUGGUAAUGGAAUACUGCUCCAGCGGCAGUCUGCUCACUGUGCUGGAGAACCCCGAGAAUGCCUUUGGCCUAGCAGAGGCGGAGUUUCUGGUGGUCCUGCGCUGUGUGGUGGCUGGCAUGAACCACCUCCGAGAGAAUGGCAUUGUCCACAGAGACAUCAAGCCGGGGAAUAUCAUGAGGCUUUUGGGAGAGGAUGGGCAGAGCAUCUAUAAGCUGACAGAUUUUGGGGCUGCCCGGGAGCUGGAAGAUGAUGAAAAGUUUGUCUCUGUCUAUGGGACAGAAGAAUACUUGCACCCAGAUGUCUAUGAGCGGGCAGUGCUCCGGAAGCCUCAGCAGAAGGCGUUUGGGGUGACAGUAGAUCUGUGGAGCAUUGGGGUGACCCUGUACCAUGCAGCCACGGGCAGCCUCCCUUUUGUCCCCUUUGGUGGGCCUCGACGCAACAAGGAGAUGAUGUUCAGGAUCACCACAGAGAAGCCAACUGGGGCCAUCGCAGGCACGCAAAAACGAGAAAAUGGGCCCCUGGAAUGGAGCUACAAGCUGCCUAUCACCUGCAGGCUGUCUCUGGGGUUACAGGCCCAGCUGGUGCCCAUCCUGUCCAAUAUCCUGGAGGUGGAUCAAGAGAAGUGUUGGGGUUUUGACCAAUUCUUUGCUGAGACCAGCGACAUCCUCCAGCGGAUUGUGGUCCAUGUAUUUUCUCUGUCUCGGGCUGUCCUGCACCAUGUCUACAUUCAUGCCCACAACACGAUAGGCAUCUUCUUGGAAGCCGCUUCUAAGCAGACCAGUGUGGAGCCUGGCCACCAGGAAUACCUCUUUGAAGGGCACCCUUGUGUCCUGGAGCCCAGCCUCCCUGCCCAACACCUGGCUCGUACCACUGAGGACAGCCCUUUGACCCUGCUCCAUGAGGACAGUGAAAACCCCACCGGGAUGGCCUUCAGAGACCCAUCCCUGGAUGUUCCCAAGUUUGUACCCAAGGUGGACCUGCAGGCUGAUUAUAACACAGCCAAGGGUGUGCUGAGUGUGGGGCACCAAGUGCUGAGGAUCUCCCGGGCACUGCAAGACGGUCAGGAAAUGAUGCUUCGUGGCCUGCAUUGGGUGGUGGAGGAGCUCAAGGCCACAUGUGGCCGGACCCUGGAGACCACCCAGACAGCCCUCUUGUUCCUGAGCCCCAGCCUGGGCACUGCGAGGUUCACCUCCAUGCCUGGGGAGUCAGAGGUGCCAGAGCUGAAGGAGGCAGCAGAGCUGAGAUCCAGGUUACAGACUAUUAAUGAGAUCCUUUCCAGAUGUUCCCAAAAUAUCAUGGAGACUCAAACGAGUCUAAGCACCCUGUCCUCUGAGCUGGUGAAGAACUGGGAUAAGGUACAUGAAGACAGAAGCACCCAUCGGAUUCAGUGCUGCCUGGACAAGAUGAAUGUCAUCUACAAGCAAUUCAAGAAAGCCAGGAUGAGGCCAGGGUUGGGCUACAACGAAGAACAGAUCCACAAGCUGGAUAAGGUGAACUUUGGACAUUUAGCCAAAAGACUUCUGCUGGUUUUUCAAGAGGACUGUGUGCAGAAGUAUCAGGCAGCUCUCCUCAUUCACGGCAAAAGGAUGAGGAUGGUGCAUGAGACGAGGAAACAUCUCCGACUGGUCAGCAGCUCAGUAACCGCUUGCAAGACAGAAGCACAAGAAGCCCAGGGGCAGCUCAGUAAGGCCCUGGACCAGUUGUCUCAUCGACUUUGGCAGGGCAGAAUGAAAGCAGCUCAGAGUUCUUCUCCUCCUUUUGCCACUUAUUCCAAACCUGUACCAAAGGACCUGGUUCUCCACAUUCAGGAGCUCCGAGAGGAGAUGAAGUUACUGGCCUUUGAUCUCCAGCACAACAAUCAAAUCAUUGAGAGGUUAAGUGGAGUCCCACCUGCCCCUGGGUCUUUGAGAGCUGAGAGUGAUGUGGUGGAAUCCUGAACCCCAAGAGGCUCUGGGUUCAUCAGCAUUGUAGGGAACUGUUUACAGGGCAAGGUCUGGCCCCAUCUUUUACCUCAUCCUCCUUCCCUCCACACCAUCAAUCACCAGCAUUACCUCUCACUAGUCUUGCCCAUGGAUUUCAGUGACACUAUGAACCUACAGCUCCAGGGAUCCAUUUCUUCAUGGAGCUGGGAUUCGCUGGAUCUCCAUGUACCAAGAGGGGCCUACUUAAGACUGACCUCUGUGUGUCAUCGAGGUUUGGUUCUUGUACAGGCCUGACUUGUGCCCGUCAGCUUGCACCAGGGCCUGGGAAACUGGGGAGGGGCAGCCAGGUGGCACAGUGGAUAAAACACUGACCCUGGAUUCAGGAGGACCUGAGUUCAAAUCCGACUUCAGACACCUCACACUUACUAGAUGUGUAAUCUUGGGCAAGUCAUUUAACCCUCAUUGCCCUGCCAACCUCCCCCCCCCACCACCACCAAAAAACCAAAACAACAGCAACAAAAAGAAACUGGGGAGAGAAGCUUGAGGCAGAGACUCCAUAACCCCUUCAGGUUCCCCUUCAGGUUCCCCUUCAGGUUCAGAGGUCUACUGUCCAGGGAAGAGGGGCAGAGACCCCUAGAGGUCUUCUGUGGAUGUUGAGCCAAGCUGCUGUUUUCCUUCCCCUGAAAGUAUCUGAUGAUGGGCAGUGCAUCAUUCUACUCUUUCCUAUUUCUCCAUGAGCCUAUUGUGUUCUGGGGAAAAGAAGAACCCAAGCUUCCUGGCUAUUCUCUGGCCUUAUUCCAGGUUGGCAUGGUCAGGCUGUAAGAGGAAACAUAAUCAUCCCUGUAGAUAGAUUCCUGGGUUGUCCCACACACAUCUCUCUGGGAGGCUUCAGAAGGGCCAGCCAACCCCUACUGUAAAGAUAGCCUUGCCAGCCAGCAGAAGCCCAUGUGCCCUGAGCCUGAAGGCUGUGGGGAAGUAGACCUGAAGGACCUCAACCCCACUGAAUAAA